UUCAUCCUCGGCGUACGCGCGUCUUUGACGUCAGAAUUGCGACGUUUACACUUGCGCAAGGUGCAGAUAUCGCCACCGGUAAAUAUCCAGAUCCUUUCUCUAUCCUUUUUUUCUGUGCUUUUUUUCUGUGACGGUGCACCACGUUGCGCAGUUGAUUUUUCCACGCUGACUCACCUUUUUGCUCUUGCAGGGAACACUUACGUCUGCAGCCUGCUCGUCGCACUCGCUAUGCUGCUCGUGGCGGUGCAAUGCGGUGACAUAAUGCGCAAAAGCAUCGUCUUCGACAAGAAUACCCCGGACGUGUUCUAUUGUCCGCAACACAAGCCGAUCGGUUUCGAAAAGAUGCUGGUCAAGGCGAGACCGCUCUCCAGGCUCUGCCAAUUCGAGGGCCGCCAGAUACCCGAGGAUUACAAGAGCGACUGUUACAACGACGUGGAUGAGACCGAGUACGCUUGCAAGGAGAAGUACAGAAUCAUGGUGAGUGUCGAGAUUUAUUUUUAGCUUUAAUUUUUACAGUCGACGUCUGGGGUUAAUAGAGGAAUAAAGUGGUCUCCGCGGUUUUCCUAGUUUUGAAAAAAAUUACAGUUUUUAUUUAUUGGGUGUACAACUUUGCUUCCGCCGUUUUUCGAUAGAUGGCUGCAGCGGUAAGUGCUGGUCGAAAUAGGUAGAGGCGUCAUUAUAGGCCUCUUUUUGCUUCCUCAUAGAGGAAGCUUUGUU